GGUAAAUAGCUCUCGUGCUUUCGCCUCCCGCCGCCCGGUUGCCGGAAGAUAACAUUCACCUGAUCUCACGCACCGCACGGAAAUCCGGGGCUUGUUCCGGACUGUUCCGGACCGUCCCAGCCUCAGGUACCGUGUGUGUGACAUUAUCAUCAUAGUCACGGGGCUGGACCGGCCGGCCGGCCGAGGCUAUGGCACGAUUUUAUGCCUAACCCCGAUCAACUUGCAUUCUUGGCUUCGCUAUUCGGCGGUUUCUUUACCCUCGUCUAUCUCUCCAAUAUCCUCAAAGCAGCCCUCGUGCGUGCCGGAUACGACUACCGUCAUCUCAUUCUCCUCGGAACGCCGCGAAAAGACGACCCAACAAAGUACUACGGAAUGGACUUUUCUAAAGAUCUAGUCACACUGAUGUCCAACCCGGUCGUCAUUGCGAGCGGUGCUGUCGCCGUCGUAACACUGCUCUGGUUGGUACUGGGCAAAAAGGGUGGUCGCAAAGUUUUGACGAAGGAAUGGCAAGAGUUCCCCCUCGAGAAGAAGAUCCAAAUUUCUCCGAACACUGCGAUUUACCGGUUCUCCCUUCCGCGCCCAACAGACACACUUGGACUGCCCACGGGAAAGCACAUCUCAGUUGGUGCUGUCAUCAAUGGCAAGGACCUGUCGCGCAGCUAUACACCUGUCAGCAGUAACGAUCAGUUGGGAUCGUUUGACCUGCUCAUCAAGUCAUACGAGAAGGGCAACAUCUCAAAACACUUUACGACUCUGAAACUCGGCGAUAACUUGCGUGUCAAAGGUCCGCGGGGGAACUUUGAUUACACGUCUGGCUUGACUGGCGCGUUGGGAAUGAUCGCUGGAGGAAGCGGAAUCACGCCGAUGUAUCAAAUCAUUAACGCCGUCCUCAAGAAUCCCAGCGACUCUACCAAGCUUGCUCUGAUCUAUGCCAAUGUCUCUGAGGAAGACAUUCUGAUGCGUGCCGAGCUGGAUCAGUUGGCAGCAGCUCACCCCAGCCGGUUCACUGUCUACUACGUGCUCAACACCCCGCCAGCUGUCUGGGCUGGUGGCGUUGGUUUCGUCACCAAGGAACAAAUUCAAACGUAUUUGCCGACACCAACUGCUGACGCUAAGAUCCUUAUGUGUGGACCACCGCCUAUGCUUACCGCAAUGAAAAAACAUUUGGAUGAAUUGAGUUUCCCCGCACCUCGGACCAUCAGCAAACUCGAGGACAAGGGUUACUUUACACUCGGCUGCACCGACGCCGAUGUCACCGUCCAAACCGUCAAUCUCGCCGAAGGAGAGAACUUGCAACCGUGGUUCCUGAAGCUCAAUCCGAAAGGAACGCUCCCCACGUUGGAAUGCGACGGAAACGUCUACACGGAUACUUCGUCUGUGGUUGCCAAGCUCGUCAAGGACGCGCCGACGAAGGUCAAAACGGGUUCGAGCUUCAUUCAAACUAUCCACGAGGAUAAGUACGAUCCCAACUUCGUUCUUUUCCUAUCCCGAGACGAGGAUGAACUUGCCGCGAAGAAGAGCUCGAUUGCGAUCCCGUUCCUCACUAAUCGUCAAGCUGUGAUGGAGAAGUACUCGAAGGCACCUGAAGGAGCCGUCUUCAAGCAAUUUUACGACGCUAAGAUGCAAGACAAUCAAGGCAAGUUCGGUUUGCUCAGUAUCAUCAAGGGUGAUGCACCUGAGGAGCAUAAUGCUGCAUUCUUUGCUCAGUCGAAAGCCCACUACAAGAACCUGCAAUAUGCGAUCCAAGAACUACUUCCAAGCGUCCUGCCUGAGCGUGGCUUCAUCGGAGGGGACAUUCCCGGCGAGGAUGACUUCCAUCUGGCCGCCUGGUUGACCCGACUGGCAGCAGCGAGUGGGGCAAAGACAGCUGAUGAGGCCUUGCCUGCGUUGGAGGCAUUCUACGGGGCUCCUGUUCCAGUGAAGGUCAAGUCCUACUGGAACUCCUGGGUCGAGUUGCCAAGUUGGAAGAAGAUCUACGGGGCAGGCCUUUACUAGUUUUGUAUAUCAUCAGUUGCGUUGACGUGUCAUGAUUCUGUGGAUUCGGAAAAUUCGGUCAGGGAGGGCUCAAGGGCCUCGAGUCGACAGUCGUUCAAGCUGGACGUAUAUCAGCGGGGAAGCUGUUCGACAUAUGACCACGACGCACCUGCGUUUAAUUUCUGCAGCAGACUGGAAGCCAAGGACGAAUUCUUCUUCAGUGGGUUCUUCCGCUGAGUAGCGAGCUAGCUGGAUAGCCGAGUCAUAGUAAUGUAACGGCGUGAACUCUUCCUCGUCAGAAUUCAACAGCGGCAGGAUGAACCGAAAGUGAUGGAGCAUUCUGACGUGGGGCUUGAGAGUAGGAUGUGACGGCAUCACCAAGCGUGCGAGAACAUCUGCAAGCAAAACGGUCAGAGAGCACAGGCAUGCAAACAUAGGACACCGCACCGAUCUCAGGGAUCGUAUCCAGAAGAGUGCGUCGGAAAUGCACACCUUCGUACUUCGAGCCUAGGGUCGUUCAGCUUACUUAGACAGCAGUGAGAUGAACUUGAACACCACAUACCGGGCCGGCCCCAUCCUGGAUGGCACACAUCCGUCGGUAGGGAGUCAUGUGCUACCAAACAAGUGCGGAUGUACUCUUGCGUGAUAUACUCAUGAACAGACUUCACAGGAUCAGACGAAACGGAAAAAUCAUGCGAUAAACGGUGUGCGCACGUUCGGAAUAUCUCCACGCCGCAGUAUUCGAUGUGCCUUCGUAAUCCGUUGCAUGCGCAGGUGCACAGCUAGUCGCCGUUUGACGCAGAAGAGCAACGAUAUAAUUAGCUGGUUGCGUUUAGACCCUGAUUUUCCUCGUACUUGGGACGCCGAUACGCACGACGAAGACAUACGACCCUCCUAUGAUGACGGCAUUGAAGUUUCCCGUCCACGUCUGAUUGGGUGAAUGGCGCACGGCUUGCGCAAGGAGCGCAACGCAAGACAGAGCAACUGCGAUACAGAUGAGAAAGAGAAGACACAGCUGAACAAGUUUCAGGAGGAUUCUGAAGAGCUUGCGCAUGGUCGCCAAACACAAGAGCUAAAGCCAGUGCUUGUAGCGCAAAUGUGAUGCCAUCAGACUGAUAUUCGCGUGUAGUCACACUCACGCUAACAUCGUUCAGUCUCGCUGAAGAACGCGGGCUCUUGGACGGGACAUCAAAUGCCCUUCUAAUAGCUCUGAUGGCCAAAAAUCCA